AUGUAAUAAAAAUCUAAUUCUUAUGUAAGAUAGGCUCUAUAGCAGAUUGCCUUUGAAAUGGGAAAGCCAACAUCUUUGGUAGAACCAUAUAUUGAGAUGUAAAUCAAUUUAUUAUCUUUAGACUUGAGGAAAAUUGGUAUGAUACAAAAGACUCAAUUAAAAUGAUGAAAUAAGAGAAUUUUGAAGAAUUUAAAAUUCCUAAGAGAAUUGGUCAAUUAUUAAUUGAGUUUGUUCAAAGACCUGAAGAUAAGAAAUCAAAUUGGCAAUUAGAAUUAACUAAAAUAAUUUCAGAAAUCCCAGAUUAGGAUUAACUUUUUAAAACAUUAGAAAUACUUUUUAAAAUAAUUUCUAAUGUUAUUAUGAAUCCAUUAAGUUUAGAUAAAUAAAAAAUAAACAUCAGUUCAAAAACUCUUUAAAAUAACAUACUAAAAUACCCAUCAGCAUUAAAUUAUUUAAAGAAUUUGGGUUGGAAGAUUGGAGGAGAAUAUUUGUAUGUUGAAUAUAAAAUGGAACAAUAAAAUGAAUGGAAAGAGGCUGGAGAAGAAUUGAUUAACUAUACUUAAAAGAAAUCAGGAUUUAAUCCAUAGAAACCAGCAAUUCAUUCAUCCUCAUAAAAUGUUUCGAUAACUUCUGAAUUAGCUAGAAGAGAAGGUUAUGAUGUUUAUUCAUUCUCUUAGAAGCUUGAGUAAUUGCAUUAGAAAAGAUUUGUAAUAUUUUUUAUAGCUAUUAUAGGAAAUUAUGAAUUAACCCAUUAUUAAUAGAGAAAUCAAAGUAUUUAUUGGUAGGAAUUAACAAUCACCUGUACAAUUAUAAUAGCAAAUUUAAGGAUAAGAUGAUUAUGAAGAAGUAUAGCCUUAGAAAGAUUAAUAACUUUUACAAUUUCUUUAAUAAGUUGCUUAGGUAAUUUAAAUAAUUAAUUCUUGAAUAGUCACUAGAAGAAUAACAAUUUGCUUCUAAACGAAAGAAGGAAUAUGAAGAACUUCUUAGUAAACCUAUAUUCUCCAAAACAGAUAUAAGAGUUUAAUUUCCAAACAGUGUGAUUGUUUAGGCCAUUUUUAGUCCUCUUGAGACUUUAUAAGUCUUAUAUGAUAUGAUAAAGGAUGUAAGAAUAUAGAAAUUAUAGGUUAUUUUUAGAUGUUAGAAAAUAGUAACCUUGAAUUUUAUUUGUAUACUUCACCUCCUCCUUUAAAAAUGACAUAAAAGUAUUUAAAUUAAACUUUUGAUGAUUUAAAUUCAGUUCCAAAUGGGUUAUUUUAUUUUGGAGUUGAGAAGCAAACUGCAAACUUCUAUUUGAAAGAAUAAUGGAUGAAAUAAGCUAAAGAUUUAUGA